CCCAACAGAUUAAUUCUUCCCUUCUCUGUUUCUCAAAUGGGUCUCCCUUUUUUCUAAUCGAUAAAGAUUUGUUCUUGAGAUUCAGAGAAAGAAAGAGCAAGGAGAAAUGGCAUUAGAGGCCGUAGUAUUUCAGCAGGAGUUCCUUGGGCAUAACAGCGUGUUAGGAGGAGGGGGUUUUGGGGUAGAGAAAGUGGAAGAUAGAUCAUGUGAAUCCUUCGAUUUUCUCGAGAACCAAACAAACGGUUUUCUUCAUGGGGAUUGGAGUUCCUCUUCACCCCAACCGCCACCACCUUCAAUGGUGGCUCACCAGUUUAGUAUGUCUGAACUGCCCCAUCUGCACAAACAAAAUUCAUCUUUAGAUGCUACCAGUUGUGCUGGGUCGCAGCAGGGUACUUCCACAACGAUGACUGUGGCGGCGGAUCGUCCUAGGAGACGCCGGUCCAAGAGCCGGAAGAACAAGGAGGAGAUUGAGAAUCAGAGAAUGACUCACAUUGCUGUUGAGAGAAAUCGAAGAAAGCAAAUGAAUGAGUACCUCUCUGUUCUUCGAUCCCUGAUGCCAGAAUCUUAUGCUCAAAGGGGUGAUCAAGCUUCAAUUGUAGGAGGUGCAAUCAAUUUUGUGAAGGAACUGGAGCAACAGCUUCAACUACUAAGUGCCCAGAAAGAAAUGGAGGACAAAUCAUCAUCUGAUGUGGACGGCAUCUCCUCUCUCUUUGCUGAAUUCUUCACAUUUCCCGUACAGUAUUCAACCAGUUCACCUCUGGUUGAAAGUCCAACAAAAGUAGAUGAAACAAUGUCAGAGACUCAAUCCGCCAUAGCUGAUAUAAAAGUGACCAUGGUGGAGAGCCAUGCAAACCUCAAAAUCAGAUCGAAAACACAGAAUCCAGGGCAGCUGUUGAAGGUUAUUUUCGGGCUAAGUAGCAUGCGCCUCACCAUUCUCCAUCUCUAUGUCACGACAGUUGAGCAAACUGUCCUCUACUCCCUCAAUGUUAAGGUAGAAGAUGAUUGUAUCCUGACUUCAGUGGAUGACAUUGCCACUGCUGUAUACCAGUUGCUGGGUAGGAUUCAAGAAGAUAAGCUAUCUUGAACUUAAAAUUACUGUCUUUUCCAUUUACUUUAAUCUUACCUUAGGGCACUAAAUAUAUGUCAUUUUCUUUCUCUCCUGAUCCCAUCAUCUUCAGGCUGUACUUGUUGAGAUUCGAUUGAAUGAGAAAUUAAGGCUGAUGUUUUCU